GUGUCAGAAAAGUUACCACAGGGAUAACUGGCUUGUGGCAGCCAAGCGUUCAUAGCGACGUUGCUUUUUGAUCCUUCGAUGUCGGCUCUUCCUAUCAUUGUGAAGCAGAAUUCACCAAGUGUUGGAUUGUUCACCCACCAACAGGGAACGUGAGCUGGGUUUAGACCGUCGUGAGACAGGCGCAGUUUCGGAUCCUCCUAAAAGGGAGUGGAAAGGCUAUAAGGGCGCCCUUGGAAAGUUUUUGUAGAAAGACGAUCCCUGCACCUCGCAGCUCAUUUACAAGAAAUCCGUGAGCCAUAGAUACCUUGAACGCACGUGGCGCCCAAGGCUUCUGCCGAGGGCAUGCCCGCCUGAGCAUCAUUGGAUUCCUCACGAGCUCACCACCUUCCGUUUGGGAGAGUGGUGGGGUCCGUGGUAGUGGCUUCCCUCGCUUCCCACUUGGAGAGCGUCCCUCGCUUCCCACUUGGAGAGCGUCUAUAGCCUAAAGUGGAAGGGAAUCGGAGAGCAUACCGAGCGGGCCUGUGGGGGCCGCAGCCCAGAGUGGUGCGUUUCGCUCCGCCCUGUUGUUGCCCUCCAGCACCCGUUUGUGGGUGGUGGUCUUCGUUUCCCUGAAAACGGCACGUAAGGUCAUCCCUCCGGUUUUUGUGGUCGCCGCCUUCCGUUCGCUCCCAUCCGCUGGAGGUGGGCUUGCGGUUGGGGGUGUCGGCCUUUUGAUCUCAGGUCAGGCGGGAUUAACAUGGUUGUUAUCGUGAGAGAGAGAGAGAGAGAGAGAGAGAGAGAGAGAGGGAAUUGGAUCGUUUCUCGUCUGCUAACGGGCGGUCGAAUCUAUGUGUCAUCCAGCCAGCAAGCCAGGCAGCUGCUACAUAAAAAACCUGUGGAAGCCAUCAUUUAUAGACAUGACAAGAGGCCAAAACGACUCUAUUUACGUGUAUAUUUUGUGCGGUUAGAGAUAGUUCAUCGAUGGCAAAGAGCAAUCAGGCGCGUUCGACGGAAAAAGCGACAGCCGUCGGCGGUUCAUCUCGCCGAAGACCCGGCAACUACGGCGGCGGUGCGAAUUCCGACCCCGCCCCGCCUCCUCCUCCGGUUGUGGAAGGUAUCAUCCCUCUCUAUGUCUCCGUCGAUCUGGCAGACACGGAGUUUCGGGAGACCUUCUUGUGGAAACAAGAGAACCGUGAAGAGAGCGCCAGUCUCCCGCCAUUGAUCUCGCGCCAGCUUUGUCGAGAGAUGGGUCUUCCUGUUUCGUACGAACGUCUGAUCGAAGCUCAGAUAAGGGCCGGGCUGAAGAAAUUCGCGGGAAAGGAAGAUUUUGGGGGGGAAGCGUUGGUCACACUCGACCUCUCAGUUGAAUUUGGCAACGAGAUAUAUAAAGAUAAGGUGCAGUGGGAUCUGAACGAGUCGCAGAAUUCUCCGGAGAUGUUCGCGUGGCAGGUUUGCGAAGACCUGCGGCUGAAAGUCGACUUCAUGGAACCCAUAGCCGUCACAGUCAGGGAGCAGAUAGAGCAGCAUCGCCAGCGAUUACUGAAGGACUGGUCGGCGGGUUUGGCGAUGACCGGUCCGUCUACGUCUCCUCGGGGUAUGGCAACCUGUCUUUCUUCGCCUCUGCCUGACGCGGGGAGAGUCGAGAGGACGUUGGCAGACAGAGAAGUGUGGGGUCCAGAGCUAUGGCGGAUGGAAUGACGUCAUCAUGAAAGAAUACUGAAUCGACGGCGGAAGGGAAGUAGCGAAGGGGACGAGGCAACGGAAAGGUAAACGUGAGAGAGAUAAUUAACAGAAAGAAAAACAACCGUUAGCGAUCCGGAGUUUUAGCGGAUGGAAUUAUGAUGUAAAUGAACGAGAAAUCCGGGC